UUUCAUUUGGUGUAAAACUCUCAAGUCUCGAGUAGAGUUUCUCCUUAGGUCACCCACUCACCCCUUCUCCAUCACUCUUCCGCUCUAGCUGUUUCUUUCCCUCAUCGGAUCUAUGAACAAGGAACUAGGGUAGCUUUUGGGUACUCGAAUCCAAAAGGCCCAACUACAUUUUUUUUUCUCUUUUCUCGCUAGGUCACAUGUUCGUCCAACCCUAGAAUCGUAGAAAACUAAGAUUAGUUGCAGUAGCCAUGACCAUCGCUGCCAUAGACCCAAAAGCCGUGAAAUCAGACUUGGUCCUCAUCCUCGACUAUGGCUCCCAUACACCCACCUCGUCACUCUCCGCAUUCGAUCCCUCUCCGUCUUCUCCCUCACCAUCUCCUGCACCAGCCCCCUCAAGGCCAUCACCGACCUCAACCCCAGCGUUGUCAUCCUCUCCGGCAGUCCCCACUCCGUCCGCACCGACGACUCCCCCAGCUUCCCCGCCGGGUUCACCGAGUGGGCCGAGGUCCAUGGCUUCUUCGUCCUCGGAAUCUGCUACGGCUUGCAGCUAGCUGAUUGUGCAGAGGCUUGGCGGGGUGGUUAGGGUUGGGGAGAAGCAGGAGUAUGGCAAGAUGGAGAUUGUGGUGGAGAGCAAUUCGGGGAUUUUCCAGGCCCAAGAGGGUUGGGGAUAGGCAGGUGGUGUGGAUGAGCCAUGGGGAUGAGGUGGCUAAGUUGCCCCAGGGGUUCCGGGUGAUGGCGCAGAGCCAGCAGGGAGUGGUGGCCGCCAGGGAGUGGAGGUUCUAUGGGCUGCAGUACCACCCUGAGUCACAAUUCUUUUGGGUACAGAGCCAAUGCUUUGCUCACCUUCGCAGUCACAAUUCUCGCCCUCAUGUGCGCCAUGGCCUCCAUGUCUGACAAUUUCAACACCCCAUCUCCCACUUCUCAAGUCCAGGUGCUGAAUAUCAAUUGGUUUCAGAAGCAACCAAAUGGGAACGACGAGGUCCUUUCAGUGCAGCUUUCGCUUCUUUCUUCAUCUGCCUCAUUCAACUUAAGAAUUGAAGAACGAGCUGCAAGUAGAAAGAAGUAAUAUUGAUGCCAUUGUUGAAUCCGGUGAAGAAGACUUGGUCAGUACUCAGCUUCAUGAAGUAUGCUAUUCAGUUAGUUAAGUGUCAUGAAAAUAUGGUACUUAUUGUACUUUCUUUGCGUUAGGCUUUUUCUCUAUGCCUCCUCACAGAGUUUAUUUUCACGCUACACAUUCACUCCAUUCGUAGGAAGUCAUGCUGCAGUUAUAGUAGAAAUUUUGACAACUAUGGCUUGUUGCAGUCUUGGGCUUAGCUUGAAUACUUGUAAUUUUAGUUUGAAGAAACCCCUUGUAAACUCAUUACCAACUGGGGCUUUGGUGGAAGGCUUCCCUAUGUUUGGUUCCAAAAGCAUCAGCAUUAUUCGAAAGGGAAGGUAUGGUGCUUGGACCCCAAAUAGACUAAACAGUUUAUUUGAUUGGAAAUUAAUCUGUCUUUGUUUUCUUGAUUUGAAAUCUUAUUUGUUUUUCAGUUGAGCUAAUAGAAGCGUUUUGUUUUGUUUUGUUUUUGGGUUCUUCAUUUCAUGUAAAGUUUUUCUAAUUAUAUUGAUUGGAGAUGCCUUAUUUAAUUUCAGAUUAUUCUGUUAAUCACUUGAUGCUUCUUUCUUCAUAUGUAUUGAGUAGCUUCUGGUCCAAAAUCAAGUAUUUACAGUCCCACAUAUUAGAAUAUAAAACAUAAUUUACACAGAGCUUGGUAUGGUAUGAAAUUUUGGGCACAUCAGGUUACCAAAGUAUGGUUAUGAUGUUAAUUUGCUUCUGUGUAUAUAUAUAUAUAUAUAUAUAUAUAUGCGACUGCUCUCUUUGACAUAAGUUGACAAGUUUUGAUCAGAGGCUGUGCAAAAUGUAACUGUAUUGUCAUGUCUUUUGAGCCCAAUGGCCUUGAUUAUGGCUCAAAUUCAAGGUACAGAAAACACAUUGAGAGCUGAUAGACGAUAUUGGGUCUUAGUGCUCAAAACAUUUGUUCUUCAUUUGCGUAUGUAAAUAUCUGAUUAGAUUUCUCAGUCAUGGAACAAUAGUUGCUGGAAUGUUUGGUUCUCAUUCAAAAAUGCAUCAAGCAUGCCCAUGUUUUGUUCUUUUGAUGAUAUCAUUAGCCUGAUAAUUGUUUGGGUUUUGCUUUAUACCUUGUAGUUUCAGCAUAUGCAGUGAAAAAUUCUAUGCAAACUCUGAAGGUAAGUGAUUGGCAUCUUGAAGGAGCUAGGAGCAUUUAAUAUAUUCUACAGCCAAGCCACGGGAGGAGAAGAAAAAACAAAUGGCCAAGCUCUAGAGUACAUUGUAAAUUAUUUUGCUAGUUAGCUUCAAUAGUUAGGUCUCAUGGAACAAUUAAUGACUAUUGUAGAUGUAUUUUGAUGGUUGUAAUGACAUUGGAGUUUUCAGAAUGAAUGUGAACAUCAAAGAAUGGCAAGAGCAAA